AUUCCAGCCCCCCCUAUCCCUAGUCAAAGUAUUUGAAAUGGUAAAAGCUGAAAACCGUGGACUUCAAGAAUCAUGCGCAUAAACUCACUCAUAGAGGGUCGAUUGUGCAGCGCCUGCAGUCGCUUCUCUCAUUCAAUGGCAAAGCGUACUCGAAUCAAUCCUCCACCGCGCUCUCCACCGGUAGCCGCCGACACCACCUUUGCAUCUCACAACGCCCCCUCUUCCUCCACAAUCUCAUUCCGAUCCCGAAAAAUCCGCAAAGUCAUCAACCCCGCAAUCACCAGUAAGGAGCCGCCGGUCAACGCCUCCUCUGAGUCUUCUCCUCAGCCUUUGGCAAUCACAAAGCCCUCGUCACUCGAACCCGAGAUUAAUCAGGCUCUGCAACAUCUUCGCAACUCAGAUCCUCUCCUCGCUGCCCUAAUUGAUAAAUACAACCCACCCACAUUCGAUUCUCAAUCCCCACCAUUCCAAUCCCUAGUAAAGAGCAUCCUCUACCAGCAGCUUGCCACGAAAGCCGCCAAAUCGAUCUACGACCGAUUCAUCACCCUCUGCGGCGGCGAUUCUGGUGUCUCCCCUGAAACAUUACUUGCCCUCUCCGCCCAACAGCUCCGUCAAGUAGGGGUCUCCGGUCGAAAAGCGAGCUACCUCCACGACCUAUCUGAGAAAUACACAAAAGGGGAUUUAUCGGAUGCGUCGAUUCUCGCAAUGGACGAUGAUAUGCUUUUAGCGAGGUUGAUUAUGGUGAAGGGGAUUGGGGUUUGGUCUGUGCAUAUGUUCAUGAUCUUCUCUCUGCACAGACCGGACGUGCUGCCGGUUGGGGAUCUUGGUGUGAGAAAAGGCGUGCAGGUCUUGUAUGGACUUAAGGAGCUACCGAAGCCAUUGCAGAUGGAGCAAGCUUGUGAGAAGUGGAGGCCGUACAGGUCUAUUGGUUCUUGGUACAUGUGGAGGUUAAUGGAGGCCAAAGCAUUGACUGGACCUGCAAAGAAAAAAAAGUAGUACCAUCGACCAUCGUAAUAAAUUCACAAGGUGUGAACUUCCAUUGAUGCUCUGUAAUUUGUAAUUUUGAGGUUUCAGUUCUUGGAUGUUUCGAUCCCUGUAAACCCUUUAUACGUUAAUUCAAGAGCUCUGGUUAUGGCCCUUUUUACGUUGA